UCUUUAAAAAAAACAACAACACAUAAACGAUAUUGGAUCAUCAGAUCAACAGCUUCACGUUACGAGAUUAGUAUGCCCUUCAUCAAGGAGGUUGUGUUUUCACCUGUUGGUUGGUUUGUCAGCAGGAGAAUUACUGAACAGAUAGGUCUCAACCCACAGUCGACCCCAUUAAGUGUUGGUCCAAUCCAGGAUUUAGUUUUCUUAUCUUUUUUUAAGGUUGCAAGUCAGGGUGUUUUUUGUUUUUGUUUUUGUUUUUGGACAUUUUGUUUAAUUUCUUAGGUAAUGCUGCACAUAUCUUAAUUUUAAAAAAUCAGACGUAUCUAGCUGAAUUACAUAAAGUCUGAAUUACAGGGAACUGUCGGGCCUUGAGGGAGGUAUGCACAUUACUGACUGCCACUCUAGUUCCUGACUGAGCCUCACAGAGAUGCUCCAUGUUCAUGUGUAAGUGUGUCUCUGUGUGUGUGUUUGUGCUCCUUGUUAGUGAGAGUGUGGCCCUCCAGGAUCCUGAUGACUGCUGUUUAUAUAGGAAUUCCUGCCAUCUUGCUCCUAUUGAAUGUCGAGUCUUUAUGGCCUCUUUGGAACUCGGUUUGUCAACACAAACACUGCAACACAAAAGGAGGCGAGUGACAAAACGGUACACAGGAGAGAGGAAGCUGCAUACUUUAGGCAUCUGCUGCAUUUUCAUCUCUGCAAACAUUGCCACGAAUGCUCGUCGAUGGGUCAGGGUUGGGCAAAGUUAAAGUCUGGCUAGAAUGAGUAUGUUAAUGAAAAAAUUUAAUCUGGCAUGCACAUACUCUGUGAGGCACAGAGGCUCUUGUCACUGCAUCCAAAAAAGACAAUUAAUCUGUGAAAAAACAGUUUCUACGUGCGUAAUGUGACAUUGCAGAUGUACUCAAGACAGAGCAGGAUUUCUAUUCACAUUCUGGGUGCAUGUGUUUGUGUGUGAACGUGUACCUCUGUGUGUGGGAGUCUAAGAGAGAGAGAAUGAGAUGAGUUAAGGAGAUGGACAGAUUGUGUGUGUGUGUGUGUGUGUGUGUGUGUGUGUGCAUCAGGGGGUGGGUGCAUUAGUGCGUGUCAGACAGCAAAGAGUGCCGCAGUUAUCUAGGAAUCUGAGCCAAAGCAACCUCACUAACAGAGAGAGAGAGAGAGAGCAAGAGAAAGAGGAGGACCAGGAGAUGAACUGAGGGGGAAAAAGAAGAGAAGAAGAAGAAGAGGAAGAACGAAGACCAGACUGUGGAAAAGAAGACAGACGUGGACAAGAGGAAGAUCUGAACGAAAAGGUCAGGCCAGCAUACACUUUCCACCUGAAGAGGCAGGAAAGAAAAGGAAAAUCAACUUUUAACUUUGAGGAAGGAGGCAGCCCUGGACAAAAAGGUGGACCAUUGCACACACGUUUAAGACAAAGGUCAGGACAAGCCUGUGUUCCACAUUUCCCAUGAUUCCAUUUGGCUCUCUCGGUUUGCUCCCCCUGCUAUCACUGUGUGUGGGAGCACUGCUGUCCUCAGAUGCAUCUCCGUCCUGCACACAACCUCCUUGCAGGGACAGUCUUGUGGCUGCACCCAUCCAGCAUGCCACAGGAGCGGGAGUGGGUGCGGGGGCCUGUGAGGGUCAAACUGGGAUAGGAGCCUGCAGGAUGGGGGUUUCACUUCCAGCCAUCUCAGAUGCUCCUCGGAGGGUGGAGCAGAGGAACAAUUACCCCCAGGUUCAGCAGAAAACUGGAGGUGUCAAAGAGCGUCUGGUUCAGCUGCAGCGCUGCAUGCGCUCUCUCCAGGAAACAGGAGGCCCCUGGAGUCACGGGAGCCAGGAGAGCGACUCUCUAGGGGCCAUUCUGGCACUGAUGGCAGCUGUACUGACAGAGUGUGACCUCCACUGUCACAGCCAGGCCCUUGGGGCGAUGGCCAAACGUCUGGAGAGUGCAGCCGUGGGAAGAGAGGGGGAGAAAGACCUGAUGCUUUUCCUGAAGAGCAUCACACAACAUCCACCCACAGUCGCCCCCUUGGAGAGGUUACAUCCUCAGGACUGUGCAGAGAUUUACAAGCUCGGGAUCAAAGAGAAUGGAAUCUACACCAUCCAACCUGACCUGCACAGAGCAGCACUGGAGGCUAAAUGUGACAUGGAGACGGCGGGCGGUGGGUGGACGGUGAUCCAGAAUCGGCAGGACGGCUCGCUGGACUUCAACAGGACAUGGCAGGAAUACCGGGAGGGCUUUGGCAGUCCACAGGGAGAGCACUGGCUGGGGAACGCAGCGCUCAACGCCCUCACCUCCACUGGUCAACACCAGCUACGCAUCGAGCUGGAGGACUGGCACCAGCAGAAGCGCCAAGCUACCUACAACAACUUCAAAGUGGCCUCAGAGGCACAGAGGUACCGUCUAACAGCGCGGGAGUACUCUGGCGAUGCAGGCAACGGCCUGAGCUACAGCAAACGUUACAACCACGACGGCAGAUCCUUCAGCACCGCUGACCGAGACCAUGACCGCUACACAGCUGGGAACUGUGGUCAGUACUAUGGUGCAGGCUGGUGGUUUGAUGCCUGCCUGGCAGCUAACCUGAACGGACGGUACUACCGGGGGCGCUACAGUGGGGUGACCAACGGCAUCUACUGGGGCACAUGGUACAUCCUGACAGAUGGACGAACUGGAGAACGCUACUCCUUCAAGAGGGUGGAGAUGAAGACAAGGCCCAGGAACUUUGUAGGGGCAUCCUAAAGAUAACGAUGAAAGCCCUCAAACAUGUGUUGUAGUUCAAUAAUCAUUACAUCAACCACAGUUUUACAUCGUCUUUCUGUGCGGACAUCACUCGACUUAGAGCAGCGUUCAUGUCACUGAUCAGUUACAUACAGACGGCAGCUAAUAGAUUCAAGAAAUAACUAUAGCCUAACAAAAAUAAUGUCUAAACAUGCACUAUCACUCCGUAUUACAAUGUUCUUUGUUUAGUCAAAGGUCCAGUGUGGAGGAUUAGGGGGAUUUAGGGACUGAUAUUCAAUAUUUUAUUCAUAAUUAUGUUUUUCAUUUAUAAAAAACACAAUUAUCAAUUUCAUUGAUCCAGUCUGGAACUUCACAAACUGCUCUAGACUCUACUUAGGGUUUAAAAAAUCUGGACAACCACACAUUCACAAUUUCACAAUAGUUAAUGAAAGACAUCCUGGAGCAGCUGACGGUGUCACCAAGCAACGGUAAGCAACCCUAGCCAGCGAGGCUAAUGUUAGCUAGCAUACGGCUGAUCAUGUGAUCAUGUGAUCUUGCAAAUCCAACGGCCUUGCAAGGUAAUUCAGAGACAGCAUAUUGUGUUUUUCACGUGUUCAGUAGCCACUGUGGAGGAGAGUGAGAUGAGGGGUAUUAACUUGGUUGCAGUCUAUAACCUCACUGCUAGAUGCCACCAUAUCCUACACACUAGACUUUAAAAGGGGCUUCUCUCAAAGAUAUAGAUAUUAAAAACCCUGCUUUUAGAAGGUUUUGCUGUAAUACAUUUCUAGAAUCUUUAUUGUUCAUUACGAAUAUCAUUCUGUGGUACUUUUACUUUGUAUUAACUCAGAUGCCUGCUGAGGCAUGUGCUUCCUGCGAUCAUUGUUCACACGUGGCUCAAACUCAACCCAAACUAUUCAUAAAAGGGAUCCUACAAGAAUGCAUGGAUUAUACCAGAACCUCAGAGUUUGUAUGUGUCCCCACCUCCCUCCUCGACCUCUGUGAAUGACCAAAAUACAAGCUGUCUGCAACGGUUCACACAUAUUUUAUGUCAGAUGAUGUAAUAGAAGAAAAUGUCUGACUUUCUGAAGAUAGGAGGUCAUCGUGACAGUCGGCUGAUACACAUCUCCUCAGAUUCAAACUUCAUCACUACAUUGUUCAUGUGACAGCGGGCUGGUAGGAACUUUUAGACCCAUUUCUGUCUCGCCACAGGCCUCCAACUGUAUUAUUAGAGAGCUUUACCCAAAGAUCUCCAUCUGACACUAAACAGACAGAAGCCCAGUUCUGGGCAAGCUGUUUUUUCUCACCUUACCUUGCUCACAAUCCUAAGCCUGACACACUGCUGCUGACCGUUAGGAGCUUUACACUGUCGUCAUACCACGAAACCGCCCUCCACCCACAACUAUCAAGACAAACACACACACACUCAGCCUCACCUGCUUUUUGGAGUUGGCGUCAGGCGGGCGGCUCCCUCUCUGGCUGUGCUUCACAAAGGCUUUUCUGGGAGUUUAGAGUUGGUGUGUGAGUGCUGAGUUUGUGUGUGUGUGUGUUGGUGGGUGGUCAGUGAGUGUGCGUCUCACUGUGUGUAAAUGGCUGCAUCUAUUUUAGCAGUGUCCACGAUGAGAGCUGUCAGUCUCUUGAACAACCAGGGUGUCUAAUAUUAACCUGUGGGUGUGUGUGUGUGUGUGUGUGUGUGUGUGUGUGUUGGGGGGGUGCACAUCACACACACAUACACACACAUAGAGGAGACUAUCUGCAGAUAAGAAGCUUCAUGAUGUGCUUGACUUCAUUAAAACAAGCACACAUAAGAAAUAAAAUAGCUCACUUAACAGUUUGAUCAUACCACCUUAAUUACUGUUAUGCAGCAGCCACAGGCUCCUUUUUCCCUUUUCUGUCUUGCUUGCACACACACACACACAGUUAAACCAUAAGUAAUCAAAAUUAAUCACCCAUAUAAGCUAUUAUACAUCUCAGCUUUCUCAUUUGAUUUGGUGUCUGUGUGUCUAUGUGUUUCUGUGGUGUUGCUGGAGAAAAAAAGAAAAAAACAAGGUUAAAAGGCGAAAAGACUCCAUUUUCUGCCCCCUGGUGGCUCCUGACCAGA